AUGAAGCUGGAAUCUUUGCCCUUAAUAGUGACGGAUUCGAAAACAUGGCCGAUUGGGAAAGCCUCUAGAGCUGUUCCGUCUUCAAAGGUGUUUAAUGCAAGCGAUUUGAUGUGCGGCAGAAUCGAAACAAUAAAUCUUCUAUCACCGGCCUUCAAGUAUGACACGAUGACUCUGGCUUUGACCUUGCUUCCAACAGCAAACGAGUUCUUCAGCUCUGAGUACUCGAACUUGCCCAAAUGCACAAGAGGAAUGGUUGCAUCUGCAACUCCAAAGAGUUUGCACACAAGACCUUCCUUGGUUGUCUCCUUCACGAGCGCAUCAACACCCAUGCCGGGCAAGAUGGCAUCCACAGAGGAGAUUGUUUGA